CGCCAGGUGAUGCGGGUUUCCGAGCUCACAGUCCUCUGCAAGGCGCGGAGUUGGUGGGAUUCGGGGUCCCCCAGUCUCGCCAGCUCCGCAACUCCCCCGGGACUUAACCCUUUGACUGGCAGCGUCGGCGGCCGCAGGGGUGAAAAGAGAACUGCGAGAGGCGCAGGCUCCUGGGACUGCCGAGUAAUGGGGGCAGGUUUCGGAGAAGAGCUGAAGAGCGCCCCACAUUUCCUACCGCCGAUAACAUCAGCGUUCGUCAGGUGGUUCGUGCGGGCGAGUGUGCGAGGGAGUGUGCGCGCGCGAGUGUGAGGCAGAGGGGCGCGCGCACAAAGUUUGUGCCUGCGGGUGCGCCUGGUGGGGCUCGCCGGCUCGGAGCGGCGGCGGCGAGGGCCGGGCGGGGAGCACCCGGCAGGCAGUGGCCAUGCGCCGCGCCCCGCAGAGCCGGUCCCCCAGCGCCAGGUGAGGACGUGCCGGGAGCGCGGGCCGCGACCAUGGGCACCCUGGGCAAGGCCAGAGAGGCUCCGCGGAAACCGUCUCAUGGCUGCAGAGCUGCCCCUAAAGCAAGACUAGAGGCAAAGCCAGCCAGCAGUCCCUUCCCCUCCCAUGCUAGCCUGGCCCAGAUCACCCAGUUCCGAAUGAUGGUGUCUCUGGGACAUUUAGCCAAAGGAGCCAGCCUGGACGAUCUCAUUGACAGCUGCAUUCAAUCUUUUGGUGAGUUGACAACUGCCCACAUGCAUACAAAUCCCUAA